UAAUUGCUGCAAAAGACUAAGUUUGACAAUCUGUCCGCAACACGUGAACAUAUCGUUAACUAUAUAAAAAAAAACGGACAAUUACUGUAUCCAACACUAUUCCCACUCUUUGUAAUUUAAGAUGGAGGAUGUGGUAAUUACAUGGAAUGCUCACAACAAGUAAAGACGUCAGGCGUAAUCACAUAUCAUAGGUUUUCGGACACUCAAAGAUUUCGGACAACCUCUUAAAAUUAUUACCAUAAAUUAGCAUAAUCUAAAAAACACCAGAAUGAUCUUUGGACUAAAGACAUUUCAUCAAAAACAGGAGACAGCUCACUUCGAACAGUAAAAAUCGUCCACUAAAUCUUGUGUAAAGAUGGAAGGUGGACUAGAGGGUGCUUUAGUAGUGGCUGCAGCAUUCUGCAUACAGAUUUUAGCAUUUGGAACUUCGCAGUCUAUCGGAAUUUACAACAUUGAAUGGCUGCGAUAUUUUGACAGUGGGGCGGCUGCAGUGUCGCUGGUGGGCUCGAUAAACCUUGGUGUCUUCCUUGGGGCAGGUCCAGUGUCAAGUCUGCUCAUGUCCAGGUGGUCACAUCGGCAGGUGGCUAUGCUGGGUGCAGUCCUCGCCAACCUGGGCCUUAUUGUGAUGCCGUUUGCUCCGAAUCUCGUCUUCAUGUACGCAUUCUUCGGCAUUCUCACUGGUCUAGGUAACAGUCUGGUGUAUGUUCCAUCUCAUGUGCUCAGUGGCCUGUACUACAGCAAACACAGAAGUCUGGCAACAGGCAUUGCCACAGCAGGCUCUGGUUUCGGAACAACAGUGUUCCCCAUAGUGAUCAAUGAGUUGAUUCAGUAUUACGGCUGGCGUGGGUCCCUGUUCAUCAUAUCAGGCUUGAACCUUCACCUGCUGAUUUUCACUGCCCUGCUUUGGCCUGUUCCCAGGAGGACGCAGGUGCUGGUGUCAAGGGCGGAUAAUUUAGAGGAAGCGGAAUCUGUGACAAUAAAUGUUAACCAGAAUGUGGAAAUUGAAAUGAGAAGUGAUACAAUAAGUGGGACCGUAUAUUGUGAUAAUGAGGAUCAUAAAGAUGGUGUGUCUCUACCUAGUAAGGUAUUAAAUCAGCAAUCGUACAAAAAUGGUGAAUGUAAAGAUGAAGGCCUAUGUGUAGAAAAUGUGAACAUAGACAAAAAUAAUGUAUCAUCACCACUGAUGAGGAGUACCAGUAAGCCACAAGCAUUGUCAGUCAAACAAAAAAUUCAACAGUAUUUCAGUGCAGUGUUUACUACAGAUUUCAUCAUAUAUUUUCUGAGUAAUAUAUUUUGGAAUGCUGGGGCAGGAAUCAUGCUGAUAUUCUUCGCUGAGUAUGUGUUCUCAAUAGGACUAGACAAACAAGACUCGUCCAUUCUGUACGCUCUGAUAGGGGCUGGCAAUUGUGUGGGGUGUGUCCUUGGUGGGUUGCUGGGCAACAUCAAGCAUUUCGACCGCAUUCAUGUCUACCUAUUGGGUAAUAUCGGGGCUGGUCUUCUUCCCUGUCUGAUUCCGUGGAAGGCUACCCACACGUUUUGGUGUUUAGCGAUUAUUGUCGUCCUGUUUGGGUUGAUGUUUGGAAUCAUCCUAGGGCUGUUGGUUGUCGUGACGUCAGACCUGCUGGGUACAGAAGCACUGGGCCGUGGUUUUGGGUACCUGAUGCUGAGUAAUGGGAUAGGAACGUUCAGUGGACCGCCUAUUGCAGGUCUGUUGAUAGACUCGUUCAAGAAUAAUGACCUUGCAAUGUUCUUGUCCGGUGGUUUCUCAAUCCUGGGUGGGGCAGUCAUGUGCCUGGUUCCACUGAGGCGACGAUUCUGUCACACCUCACACCCUACAGUUGUACGCUGUCAGGACGGAGAGGAAAUAAUAGAGCCACCUGACAGAUAAAGGGGGAACUGAGUGAAGUUGUAGACAGUGAUUUUAGGUGGACAUUAUAUCCAUAACACUAGUCGAGCUUUCCAUGUCCACAUGGUUCUCUUGUCAUUAUACCCCCAUUACCAUUGGUAAUGGGGGUUAUAUAGGAGUCACUUUGUCGGUCUGACGGUCGGUCGGUCUGUCUGUCCUGAAAAUUUCAUCCGAUUUUCACCAAACUUGGUCAGAAGUUGUAUCUAGAUGAUGUCUAGGUCAAGUUUGAAUAUGGGUCAUGCCGGUCAAAAACUAGGUCAUGGGGUCACUUAAUGCGUUUUAAACCGAAAUUUUGUCCGGACCAUAACUAUGUCAUUUAUUGUUAGAUUUUAAAAUGACUUGGUACAUUUGUUCACCAUCAUGGGACAGUGUGUCAUUCAAAAGAAGUACGUCGAUAUCUCCAAGGUCAAAGUCACACUUGGAGUUCAGAGGUCAAAAUGCCCAUAAAUGAGCUUGUCUGGGCCAUAACUUUGUCAUUAAUUGAGAGACUUUCAAAUCAUUUGGCACAUACCAUAAUUGAACGGUGUGUCAUGCGAAAGAAUUACGUUGCUAUCUGCAAUUGAAUUGAAAGAAUAACGUCGAUAACUCCAAGGUCAAAGUCACACUGUGAGUUCAAAGGUCAAAAAUGGCCAUAAAUGAGAUUGUCCGGGCCAUAACUAUGUUGUUCAUUGUGAGAUUUUAAAAUCAUUUGGCACAUUUGUUCACCAUCAUUGGACGGUGUGUCAUGCGAAAGAAUUACGUUGCUAUCUGCAACGUCAAGGUCACACUUUGAGUUCAAAGGUCAAAAAUGGCCAUAAAUGAUUUUGUCAGGGCCAUAACUAUGUCAUUCAUAGUGAGAUUUUAAAAUUACUCUGUACAUUUGUUCACAAUCAUUGGACGGUGUGUCAUGCAAAAGAUUUACUUCGCUAUUUCCAAGGUCAAGGUCACACUUUGAGUUCAAAGGUCAAAAAUGGCCAUAAAUGAUCUUGUCCGGGCCAUAACUAUGUCAUUAAUUGUGAGAUUUUAACAUUACUCUGUACAUUUGUUCACAAUCAUUGGACAGUGUGUCAUGCGAAAGAAUUAUGUCGAUUUCUCCAAGGUCAAGGUCACACUUGGAGUUCAAAAGUAAAAAAUGGUCAUAAAUGAGCUUGUCCGGGCAAUAACUAUGUCAUACAUUGUGAGAUUUUAAAAUGGCUCUGUACAUUAAUUUUCUUCACGGUCAUAGGAUGGCGUGUCAUGCGAAAGAAUUCAAGAGUUCAAAGGUCAAAAUGGCCAUAAAUGAUAAUGGCAUAAUUAUUUUUAAAAAUCGCCAUAAAUUAGCUUCUCUUGUUUUGUGAAGACAGCAUGCAAAAUAUUCUGUGUCAAUGCAGCAUGUGGGGGUAUAUGUCACAUCUGUGACAAAGCUCUAGUUUUCCUUGUCUUGAUAUUCAGGUUUGAAUCUGUUUUAGCCCACGGUUUUUAUUCAUAAUUUGUAUCAAUAAGUUAGUGUAACAGUUAUUUGUUUUGACAGUAAUUUUAAUUUUUCAUGGCAAUUUCAUCCUUGGUUAAUGACAUAACAGUUUCAUAAAUGGUAUUAAAUUAACUUGUUCAUUUUAAAUUUUUCUUUUCAGCUCACCUGAGCACAGUGUGCUCAUGGUGAGCUUUUGUGACUGCAUUUUGUGCGUUGUUCACACUCUAGAGGCCACAUUUAUGGUCUGAUAUUCAUGACAUUUGGUCAGAAGACAUGUGCCAAUUAUAUCUUAGACGAGUUCAAAUAUGGUUCCAGUUGGUUGAAAAACAUGGCCGCCAGGGGGCAGGGGAUGAGUUCAAAAAUGGUUACGUUUGCUUGAAAAACAUGGCUGCCAAGGGGCGGGCAUUUUUCCUUAUAUGGCUAUAUAUGGCUAUAGUAAAACCUUGUGAACACUCUAGAGACCACAUUUAUUGUCCAAUCUUCAUGAAAUUCGGUAAGAAAAUUUGUCCUAAUGAUAUCUUGAAUGAGUUCGAAAAUGGUUUCGGUUGCUUAAAAAACAUGGCCACCAGGGGGCAUUGCAUUUUUCCUUAUAUGGCUAUAGUAAAACCUUGUUAACACUCUAGAGGCCACAUUUAUAAUCCGAUCUUCAUGCAACUUGGUCAGAAGAUUUGUCCUAAUGAUAUCUUGGAUGAGUUCGAAAAUGGUUUCGUUUGCUUAACAAAACAUGGCCACUAGGGGGCGGGGCAUUUGUAUUAACCAGGUUUUCCGAAGAUUGUCAGAUUUUAAAAUCAUUUGGCACAUUUGUUCACCAUCAUUGGACGGUGUGUCGCGCGAAAUAAUUACGUCGAUAUCUCCAAGGUCAAGGUCACACUUUUGAGUUCAAAGGUCAAAAAUGGCCAUAAAUGAGCUUGUCCUGGCCAUAACUAUGUCAUUCAUUGUGAGAUUUUAAAAUCAUUUGGCACAUUUGUCGCACGAAAGAAUCACGUCAAUAUCUCCAAUGUCAAGGUCGCCACGACUAAAAAUAGAUUUUUUUUUAAAACAAACUUACAAAGGGGGUUAAUUUUGUUUGUUCAUUUCAAAAGUUCAGUUUGACUUUUCUCCCUUUAUCAGAUUUUUUUUUCACAAUGAAAACCUGGUUUUGUGACAAUUUUGUCCCUUGUUCCUUAUAUGGCUAUAUAUCAUGCUUUAGUAAAACCUUGUUAACACUCUAGAGGCCACAUUUAUUGUCCGAUCAUCAUGAAACUUGGUCAGAUGAUUUGUCCCAAUUAUAUCUUGGAUGAGGUUGAAAAUGGUUCCGGUUGGUGGAAAAACAUGGCCACCAAGGGGGCGUGGCAUUUUUCCUUAUAUAGCUAUAGUUAAACCUUGUUAACACUCUAGAAGCCAUAUUUAUUGUACGAUCAUCAUGAAACUUUGUCAGAAGAUUUGUCCCAAUGAUAUCUUGGACAAGUUCGAAAAUGGUUCCAGUUGCUUGAAAAACAUGGUCACCAGGGGGCGUGGCAUUUUUCCUUAUAUGGCUAUAGUAAAACCUUGUUUACACUCUAGAGGCUACAUUUAUUUCCAAUCUUCAUGAAACUUGGUCAGAAGAUUUGUCCCAAUGAUAUCUUGGACGAGUUUGAAAAUGGUACCAUUUGAUUGAAAAACAUUGUCCACAGGGGACAGGGCUUUUGUCCUUAUAUGGCUAUAGUAAAAACUUGUUAACACUCUAAAAGUCUUAUUUAUUGUUCAAUCUUCAUGAAACUUGCUCCAAAGAUUUGUUAUAAUGAUAUCUUGGAUGAGUGUGAAAAUGGUUCUGGUCUGUUGAAAAACAUGGCCGCCAGAGUUAUCCUUUUAAGGGUGUAGUAAAACCUUGAAGCACUCUAAAAGUUACAUUUAUAGUUCACUCUUCAUGAAACUUGGUCAGAACAUUUGUUCUGAUAUCUUGGGCUGCACAGAACAGGUCAGUUCCUUUGUAUCUCAGGUGAGUGAUUUCAGGCCCUCUUUUUUAGCUCACCUGAGCACAACAUAUCUUGGAUGAGUUCGAAAAUGAUGCCGGUUGGUUGAAAAACAUGGCUGCCAGGGGGCGUGCAUUUUUCCUUAUAUGGCUAUAGUAAAACCUUGUUAACACUCUAGAGGCCACAUUUAUUUUCUGAUCUUCAUGAAACUUGCUCAGAAGAUUUGUCCCAAUGAUAUCUUGGAUGAGUUCAAAAAUGGUAACCUUUGCUUGAAAAACAUGGCUGCCAAGGGUCGGGGCAUUUUUCCUUAUAUGGCUAUAGUAAAAUCUUGUUAACACUCUAGAGGCAAUAUUUAUUGCCCAAUCUUCAUGAAACUUGGUCAGAAUAUUCAUCCCAAAAAUAUCUUGGACGAGUUCGAAAAUGAUUCCGGUUGGUUGAAAAACAUGGCCGCCAGGGGGCGGGGCAUUUUUCCUUAUAUGGCUAUUGUAAAACCUUGUUAACACUCUACAGGCCACAUUUAUUGUCCAAUCUUCAUGAAAUUUGGUCAGAAGAUUUGUCUAAUUGAUAUUUUGGAUGAGUUCGAAAAUGGUUACAUUGGAUUGCAAAAACAUGGCUGCCAAGGGGUGGGGCAUUUUUCCUUAUAUGGCUAUACAUGUAGUAAAAUCUUGUUAACACUCUAGAGGCCACAUUUAUAGUCCAAUCUUCCUGAAACUUGGUCAGAAGAUUCAUCCCAAUAAUAUCUUGGAUGAGUUCAAAAAUGAUGCCAGUUGGUUGAAAAACAUGGCCACCGCGGGGACGGGGCUUUUUACCUUAUAUGGCUAUAGUAAAACCUUGUCAACAGAGGUCACAUUUAUUUUCCGGUCAUCAUGAAACUUGGUCAGAAGAUUUGUCCCAAUGAUAUCUUAGAUGAGUUUGAAAAUGGUUUGGGUUGCUUUAAAAACAUGGCCACCAGGGGGCGGGGCAUUUUUCCUUAUAUGGCUAUAUAUGGCUAUGGUAAAACCUUGUUAACACUCUGGAGGCCACAUUUAUUGUCCAGUCUUUAUGAAAUUUGGUCAGAAGAUUGGUCUCAAUGAUAUCUUGGAUAAGUUUGAAAAUAAUUAUGUUUGCUUGAAAAACAUGGCUUCCAAGGGGCGGGGCAAUUUUCCGUAUAUGGCUACAGUAAAAUCUUGUAAACACUCUAGAGGCCACAUUUACUGUCCGAUCUUCAUGAAACUUGGUCAGAAGAUUCAUCCCGAUAAUAUUUUGGACGAGUUCAAAAAUGAUGCCGGUUGGUUGAAAAACAUGGCUGCCAGGGGGCUGGGCGAUUAACCUUAUAUGGCUAUAGUAAAACCUUGUUGACACUCUAGAGGUCACAUUUAUUUUCCGAUCUUCAUGAAACUUGAUCAGAAGAUUUGUCCCAAUAAUAUUUUGUUAUCUAAGGUGAGUGACUUUGGGCCUUUCAGGCCCUGUUGUUUUUCAAAAAAAGUUAAGUGUCCAAAAUAUGCUUACUACCGUAUAUUAUCUAUCUUGCCCUAUUGAAAUAUUGAUGUAUAUGUUGUUGUUUUUUAGAAAAUUGUCUUAAAUCAUACAUAGAAACAAACAAAAUUGUUUGGGCCAAUUUGUAGAUUGUAAAAAACUGGAUUUUCUAGAAAACAAGUAAAAUGACACUUUAUAUGUUAUUGCAAGUUAUGACUAUAAUUCAUUUAAAACAGUGAUCUAAAAUUUGAUAUUAACAUUAUUUAUGUGUGUUUUACAUUCUGGUUUUCUAUUGAUGUUUAUAUUCUUAACAUCUAUUUAAAUAGUUUUUUUUAAUAUCCAUGUUUAUCAUUAAAUAAAUGCAAUUCUUUCGAAGUUGAAAUAUCAAUACAAUUUAUAAAAUGUAUUUCUGCAUUUAAAGCACUGUCAUAUAUGAAGAUACAUUUGUAUUCCAAAUUUCAGCAUCAUAUGUAUGGUAACUAUCAGGAUGCAGGCAUAUAUAAUAAUGUACUUAACACAUAAAUUAGCCCGCAAUCAAUUAAUUUUUAUGUAAACCAAAGUUAAGUGCAUCCGUAGAAAAAUUGAUGUUGGCGUGUCCCAUCUAUCAAAAUGUUUUGACGAAUGUUUUUAUACGGGUAGAGUUCAUUGGAACAGUCAAUUUUGUAAUCCCUGUUUAUUCUACUUUGUUACUUUUUAUGCCCCCGAAGGGUAGCAUAUAGUUUUUGAACUGUCCGACAGUCCGUCCGUCUGUCAGUCAGUCCGUCCAAAAACUUUAACCUUGUUCAUAACUUUUGCAAUAUUGAAGAUAGCAACUUGAUAUUUGGAAUGCAUGUGUAUCUUAAUGAGCAGCACAUUGUGAGUGGUGAAAGGUCAAGGUCAUCCUUUAAGGUCAAAGGUCAAAUAUAUGGCUUCAAAGCGGUGCAGAAGGGGGCAUUGUGUUUCUGAUGAACACAUCUCUUGUUAAGUUUGGUUAUUGAUAUCACUUUCAAUUUGGUGAAAAAAUACAUAUCUUAUUUUGAAGUUUUGUAUCUUCAUUGAAUGCAUUACAUAAUGUUUACAAGUUAUGUCUAACAAUAAUUAUACCCAUUCCAUGACACUUCUUCGUUAUUGUUUUUGUUACAAGUACCAUGAAUGCUUUUAAUUAGUUUUUAUCCCCACGCUUUUUGAAAAAAAGGUGGGGAUAUUGUGGUUAUCUCCGCCGUCCGUCCGUCCGUCCGUCCGUCUGUCUGUCUGUCUGUCUGUCCGUCCUGGCCACUAUCUCCUCCUACACUAAAAGCACUAGAACCUUGAAACUUACACACAUGGUAGCUAUGAGCAUAUGUGCGACCCUGCACUAUUUGGAAUUUUGAUCUGACCCCUGGGUCAAAAGUUAUAGCGGUUGGGGUGGGGCCGCGUCAGAAAUUAUCACUCAUUUUUUUAGGUUAUUUUACAUUUACUUCUUUAUUUCUACACCGAUUCACUUCAAAUUGAUACUGGACCUCUCUUAUGACAAUACGGUCAAUCUCAACCAUGCAUGGCCCCAUUCCCAACCCUGGGGCGCCCCGCCCACAUAGGCCACACCCACCAAAAAUUUCCAUUUACUAUAAUUUUUUCAUUUCUACACGGAUUCACUUCAAAUUGAUACUGAACUUUUGUUAUGACAUUAGGGUCAAUCUCAACUAUGCAUGGCCCCAAUCCUAACCCUUGGGCGCCCGCCCACAUUGGCCACACCCACCAAAAAAUUCCAUUUACUAUAAUUUUUUCAUUUCUACACGGAUUCACUUCAAAUUGAUACUGAACUUCUCUUAUGACAAUACGGUCAAUCUCAACUAUGCAUGGCCCCAUUACCAACCCUGGGGCCCCGCCCACAUAGACCACACCCGCCCAAAAUUGCCUUUUACUAUAAUUUCUUCAUUUCUACACCGAUUCACUUCAAAUUGAUACUGAACUUCUCUUAUGACAAUACGGUCAAUCUCAACUAUGCAUGGCACAAUUACCAACCCUGGGGCGCCCUGCCCACAUAUGUCACACCCACCCAAAAUUGCCUUUUACUAUAACUUCUUCAUUUCUACACCAAUUCACUUCUAAUUGAUGAUGAACUUCUCUUAUGACAAUACGGUCAAUCUCAGCUAUGCAUGGCCCCAUUACCAACCCUGGGGCACAUCUAGGUCAAACAUUCGGCGUGGGGAUACGCGUCGGCCUCUGCCGCGCCAUUUCUAGUUUGUUACUGUUGUUGUAAGAAUAUUUAAAAAUAAAAUCUGAUAAAAACAGACUUAAAACUGU